AUGUCACGAAGGCCGGAACAUCAAGCUCCUCCUGAACUGUUUUACAAUGAAGAGGAAGCUCGAAAAUAUACUCAAAAUUCUAGAAUAAUAGACAUUCAAGCACAAAUGACUGAACGGUGUAUAGAACUAUUGCUACUACCAGAAGAUACUCCUUGUUUGCUUCUGGAUAUUGGUUGUGGAUCAGGAUUAUCAGGCACAGUUCUUGAAGAAAAUGGUCAUAUGUGGAUUGGUAUGGAUAUUUCUCAAGCAAUGUUGGAUGUUGCAAUAGAAAGAGAAAUUGAAGGAGAUGUAGUAUUAUCAGAUAUGGGUGAAGGUGUACCAUUUAGGCCAGGCAGUUUUGAUGGGGCAGUCUCAGUAUCAGCUCUUCAGUGGUUAUUUAAUGCUGACAAAAAGUCUCAUCACCCUGUUAAGAGAUUAUAUACAUUUUUUAGUACAUUAUAUGCUGCCUUGUCAAGAUCUGCUAGAGCAGUAUUCCAGUUCUAUCCAGAAAAUGAGAGCCAACUAAAUCUUUUGACAUCACAAGCAAUGAAAGCUGGUUUUUAUGGAGGUGUUGUGGUGGACUUCCCAAAUUCAGCUAAAGCUAAAAAAUUCUUCUUAGUCCUUAUGACUGGUGGAGCAGCUCCAUUGCCAAAAGCUUUAGGUACUGAAGAAGAAGAUAAUAGUCUAGAAAUAAAAUAUGCCAGAAGAGAAGCUUCUAAGAAGUUGCGGGGUAAACCUUUAAAGAAUACAAAGGCUUGGUUACUAGAGAAAAAAGAAAGGAGAAGAAAACAAGGCAAAGAAACAAAACCGGAUACUAAAUACACAGGAAGAAAAAGAAGUGGUCGAUUUUAA